UUUUUAAUAUUUAGAUUGAUAAACAUAACCUCAAAUGUUGAUAAGUAAAUAAUAGCAAUUAUUUAGUAUAAAAUGGAGACUUUCAGCGUGAAUACUAUGGGAACAACAAGCUGCUACACAAAUACGAGUGAAGUAGUGGAUUUGGAUUCGAUUUUUAUAUCUGUAUUGAACAAAAAAACGGUUUCAAUUACUGUUGGAACAGCACAUAAGAUUGUCUCUUCACUAUGUAACAUACCGCUUACAUACGACGCAAAAUUAAGAAGCGUAAUACCGCACAUGCUGGUGCACCACACGAAAAUUUGGCCCGGAUGGCAGAAAGCCUCCAAAUACCAAUCAGGACAGUUGACAUACGAGAAGUAUUUUCGCUCUUUUAAAAGCUAUUUGACAUAUAAAUUGGUGUAUUUGGCCAAAAACGAUUUCAAGAUCGCUUUAAGUCAGCAUUACAGCGAAAAUUUGGCGAAAGUGGAAAAUAAAGGUGGGGUUAAAGUCGAUUCUGAAACUCAGACCGAAAUUACAGAUAAAGAAUUUGCCCCCUUUUCUCUUGUAAUAAGCACCAGUGCUUACAAUGUUAACACUAUUAUCUUCACAGAGGGGCCAAAUGAGAAUAUAAUGUUGAAAUACCAUCUGCAGCCCAACUGGCCUUUAAUAAACAUGGCCAUGCUUUUAAACUGGCCGAACAUAAACGUAAAAUUCACCGGGUACGAAAUGGUGGUGAUUAGAAAGAAUGUGCACGACAUCUCGCGGUACUUAUCGGAACCGAAUUUCCCAUCAAAACCGGAACAGGUGGAAUUUAUCCAGGAAGUGAAUGCCAUAGACAACAAUAAGCAUAGAAAAUCGUAUUCGUUGAAUCUGAUGAAAGCCUACAUGGAAAAAUAUCUUGAGAAUUUUGAGGGAUACAUCAAAGGUCACGGAGAACCGAAACAUUUGAGGACUCAAAUAGAGGAAACCAAGGCUUUUUUUCAGCAGUUUAUUCUGGAUAUUCAGGAUAUUAAUAUAAACAAUUCCAUGGGGGCUAACAGUUAUGUUGUGUUUAAUAUAGGAGGAAAUACGUAUACCAGGAACAAGAAAGUUAGAAAUCAGCCCACGCUGUGUUUAUUCGAAACGAUGACGCCAAAAGUGGAAACCUCCCUGGUGGGGUUCUACGGCGUCAAAGUGAACCCAAAGGGGCACGUUUCCUUCAGGACGAUGAACCCCAAAAAGUUUCAGCCUCCGACUAUCGAGUACACUUGCACCUAUUGUCACGUUCGGUUUUUGAACACAAAAUCCACAAUAGACCAUUUGUACACGAGGCAUUCCGCGGAACCGGCUGUGAUAUGCACCAAGUGCAAAAAACAGUUCGAACUCCCGGAUUUGGCGCAAAAUAGGUACGCGCAUUCGUGCACGACUUAAUAUAAUAAAUAGGGUUUAAUGAAUUGGAGUUUUAGUGCUUUUCUCCAUUUGUACAUAUUUAACUAAGGUACAAAAUUG